AUGACGAAGAGUGCACCGAUGAAACUGGAGGGGUUUUACGAGUCUGUGUACAGUGCGAGGUGGAGCCAUGUGGUGGAAGUUCCUGGCGGCGAGGGGACAGGAAUGGAUGUGAGGGAGGGGAAACCACCGCAGUCAUGGACGUACAAGGCAGUUGGCAACACCUUCGAAAAGGAUGACGGUGUGGAGGAACCCGGUGCACCACGUCUCAGGCUGACGGUGCUCACCUCGGACAAGGGAUGGCCGUACUCGUGGAAGGAGGAGGAAUCCAUUCGUGACUGCCAUGUGAACUGUGAGGUGGAGCGAGUGUGGCAGAUCGUCAAAAAGGAUCUCACCAAGUGGUUUAGCACUCACCGUGGGAAGUACUUGACGCCCGAGCCGCGUGUGUUGAUUGGGACGCCCGGGAUGGGGAAGUCGAUGAAUGCCGGCUCGUACCUCCUCUACCAGCUGCUGCACUACGAUGCGGAGCAGCUCCCAAUGGUUGCGUACUUUAUUGGGAAUCGAACAUUUCUGUUUGACAAAAUUGCAAAAACGGUGUCAGUGUACAUGGGUGAGGCCAGUAUCCUCCGUGUUGUGGAAGGCUUGUCUCAGCGUGGGUUUAAGGGGUAUAUUAUCUACGACGUGGCAUUGAAGGGUCAUCAACCGCCUGCUGGUUUGCCUUGCAAGGGAUGGGGCAUGAUUGUGGUGGCACCACCAGACAAAAACAACUACGAAUCGUGGGCGAAGCAAACGGAAGCGGAAAAAUUCAUAAUUAAUUGUCCCGAAGAAAACGAUGUGAAGGCAAUGUGCUCUUGGAUGAAGCGCAAUCAGAUUCCGCAGGAGCAGGCGGAAUACUGGAAGGAGGUGAAUGGUCGCAUGAAUAAAGUGGGGCCAAUUCUCCGCUUCAUCUUUGGCAGGCAGGCAUCUGAUGACCGCAUUAAAGCGUGUCAACAAUCCGUGGAUGGGAUGAACGCUUUGAAAUUCGAGCGUUACUUGAAUAUUGGAUAUGGUUGUUUGUCCAAUGACAGCGACUUGUAUCAAAAGCUUGUGAAGGUUGUCCGAGUACGACGAAACAACAUUGAAUCGCCUUUGAAUGUACUGAUAUCUCCCCAUCUCGAACGUGAAACAUUGUCCCGGUUGGAAAAUGAAAUGAAGCAGUCCGAUUUUAUUUUUCUUGUUUUGAGGUUCUGGGAUUAUGUCCCACCAUAUCUUAUUGAAAAGUAUGCCGUAUCUGCAUUUUUGAAUGGGGAUUUCCUGCGUGCGAUAAGACUUAAAAUUAAGGAACUGGAGCUACCAGGACGAGGUGAUUCACACAGGUGUGCGCUGAAAGAGCACUCGGACAAGAGCUUCACCAGAAAAGAGGUUCUACCGCCACCGGAACGCCUUUCCAAUCCAGUUGCUAUGGACCACUGGGUGCUGUACGAGCCCAAAGUCAAAAACUUUCCGCUGGUGGACGGCUUUUUCUUUGUGGACACAAAUCCGAAGACGCUGGUUGGGCUGCGGAUGUCUACGGCAAGUGAGCAUCACACCACAACCAGCACUGUGAGGCAGUUCACUGAGUGCCUGGCGGCAUAUUUUGAGGGUUGGGAGGAGUUAUCCCGAGACAUGUCGUGGGAGAUUAUUUAUGUGCAGCACGAGAUAUACAGGCCGAUGGAUGACUGGCAGAGAUGUGAUGUCGUCAAUUCCAAUAAUUUGGGCGACGAUGAAAACCGAGAGAUUGCGGCGUUCUUUAGGGAAAAGGUGCGCCAGUACCUUGCAGCAGUAUCAUCCUCUGACGCCAGAAGAGACGCUCUCCGGAGGUGA